AUGGUGAAUCGUACACCGCUUUACCGGCAAGUACCAGCAACGCCGGUACUUACCGACAGUACCGUAUUUCUUUUUCCGAAGGUCAAAGUACCGUCGAGAUUCAUUAUAAAAACGAGGGGUAAAAGGGUAACCGGCAUCAGUUCAACACUGUCACUCCAAUCAACCAGCUCCGACAUGAACGCUUUGGUAGUACUCACCGUUUUGGCCGUCGCCGCCACCGCCUCCGCCUCCCACCUCGGCCUUGGACUCGGCGGCUGGGGCAUCCACGGCUCCCACGGCCCCUCCGGCGUGGUGACCGGCGCCGGCGCCGCCGGCCCAUCGGGCGUAGUGACCGGCGCCGGCGCCGCCGGACCGGCCGGCGUCGUCAACGGACACGGAGCCGUAGGACCGACCGGACCUAACGGACACGGCGCCGUCUGGGGCGCGCCCGCCCUCGCCCUCGGCUUGGGACACGGAGCUUGGGGCGGCCUGGGACUCGGCGCCGGAGCUUUGGGCUUGGGACACGGCGGUUGGGGACUCGGCGCCGGCGCCUUGGGCUUGGGACACGGCGGCUGGGGACUCCAUUGAGUUUGCCAAGAUGAGGUUUUAUUAUGUUGAUGAUUAUUGUACUAUAUUGAUGGAUUAAUGUGAACUGAUGUUAUGAUUUGGAAUAAACGUUGUACAUACAUAUAAUGGUAGUU